CAUACUUAGAAGCGUUUCUAACAUGUUGAGAAAUAUUUGACUAUUAUGACUGAGUAGCAAAAUAUGUUGGUGUUGCUUUUCAAAGAUUCAGUUUGGAAUGCGGAACGAGUUAAACAAAUUAUUGCGGUUAAUGUCUUGAAAUGGCGCUAGGUGGUGUCGCAAUUUUGCGAAACGUUUAGUGGUGGCGCUAUCCACUACCCCGUUUCAAGCAAUGCUUGUAUGCAUGUCUCCACCACUAUUAAAAUUCAAACGGCGCGAGUUUUGAAGCGGUUGGUUCGGUCGAGCCGUUACGUGCGGAGAGCCAUGUAGGAAAACGUGUCGGCUUCUGCACCCGUUAUGGGACCGCGCGUUUCCGAGGGCCAGCGGGAGACGGUGCUCGCUUUUAUGGAGCCGCAUCUCCAGCUGGCUUUAAGAUCCAGCGAGCUGGGGCCGGGCUUCAGCCUUGUCGACCGACGACGGCUGUGGCAGCAGCUGGCCGACGUGCUGAACGCGGAAGGGCCCGUUGUGAAAACGGUCGACCAGUGGAGGAAGCAGCAGGUCUACGAGGCCCGCCGCGAUGCUACCGCUAUAGCCCAAGAGCAAAUAAGCACUGGAGGGGGUCGCGCACCCGGCUUCCGGGGCCGAGUGCUCCAGCUGACGGGCGCGGUCCGCUUCCGUGGCGUCACCGACCUACCCUACCAAGAGGUGCUGCGAAGGAUCGAACAAUCCACCACCCGGCUCGCCAUCGCGGCAGAGAGGACGGCAGCGGCUCAGGAGGGCAUACUGGAGAAGGUGCGCUCCCUGGCACUAGUCGUAGCUGGCCACCUGCAACAAGAAAGGAGGAAUUAAUUUAUUGUUUAUUUUCACCUAUUCAAUUUCAUUUUAGUCAUUUAUUGUUUUAUGAGUUCAAUUUAUCUUGUUUAUUUAUUGUUCUUUGAGUUUUAUAUCUUCACUUUCAUUUUAUGCACUUAUUGUUGCUUCAUUUUGAGUUUUACUGUUUAAGUUUCAUUGUUGCCUUGUAUGAGUAAUGCAGGAGGAUUUUUUGGACGAAAGGUGUAAUGCGUGCACCCAUUUUUGUAUCGUAGUAUUUUCCUCUUUCUAUUUAUACUAAUCCAGCUGCAACGCCAGCGUGCUUUCUUUUAUUUACACAUUUCGAAGACACUGGAAUCAUUACAAGUAGUUGUCGAUUUCUGUGUAUGGGUUUUGUACUGUGAUAUUUAUAUUGCUUCACUAUGUUUUGUAGCUUACUGCACUCAUUAUGAAGCGUUACCGCAUAGUGUUUGCACUGUGAUAUGUUCAUUUCGGCACAGUGAUGCUGAGGUACAACUACAAUGUGGUCUUUUUUCAGAGCACCAAACUAGUCACUCUGCAAGUUGCAUAGUUUCACAAAUGAAAAUGGCCAUCAUCAUUGCACCACGCCGGUGAUUGGUUUCCUCUAGUUUUCGUUCCAAGUGAGCAAGAAUAAGUUUUAAGUGUAACACGUUCUGGGUGCUGUGAGAUUGCAGAGCUAAUUAUUCAUGUUGUAUGUAAUUUAUGUUUCAUCACAGCUGGCAAGUGCACUCACCUUUCUACAAUUAUGAUUCACCUGUUCUUUAGCAUCACACUGCAAUUGCUGUCGAAAAAUGAAUGCUUCUGGUCAGUGACUCAUAACACUGAGAAGGGAAUGGACAUACCUGUCAAAGUCAUACUUUCUUGCAAGGUCACUUAAAUGUAACUGCAAGUUUUAUUUGCCGUGGUGAAUACGAAUUGUGUGAUGCUCAUGUUGCAAUGUUCUCACAUGCUUUGCUACGUGUAGCAUGCUGUAUGUACAAGGUUCAUGAUGUACAGAGGUCAACACUCAUGUCUAGAACACACUUGCGAGGGCCAAAGCAGCCACCUAAGCUUAAGCCGACCACCAGGUCGAUAAAAAUCAAUGGGAACUGUACAUUUAGUCACGCAAGCUCACAUACAGCAGAUUUUGUGCCACAUGUCGUCAUCAGAUUCGCCAGCGCAGUCCUGCAAACAUGAUUUGCGCGUUCUAGAGAUGUGUGUUGGCCUCUGUACUUGUCGUCAUAGCAUGUAAUAAAGUUGACCUUUGUAUUUUUGUGCUUUCACGUUAAUUUACGUCUACCCAUUUAGACAUGAUGUGACGAGUAUAAUGUCACAACACUCAGUGCUAGAUUUUUUUCUUUUGUGGUUGAAUCCGCAUUCAUUACGCUUUACUUGCUUGCCUCGUCUGCGUAUUCAUGCUUGCAUGGAAGUUUUCAUACACCUAGCACAAGAGGUGGCUAGCAAGCAUAUUGCAUCGUUCCUACUAAUGUACACCGAGCGCCCGAAUGCACAGGAUGUGGCGGUUGCGAUCAUUCUGGUGUGUUUUAUGAAAAUUAUGCAAACCUGUGCAAGAGUCUCCGAGGUUUAUGCAAACCUUGGAGCCUCUUGCACAGUGAAGAGGGUACAAUUGUUUCCGAGUCCACGGCUGUGGCAUUCUUUUUGAAGGAUUUUUGUAUAACUUUACUUCGUUUGUGUUUAAAUUAUCAUAAUCUGUCGGAUGUUUUGAUUUGGAAACAUUGACCAUCCGUAUGGAGGGGUACUUGAUGUGUAUACAAGUUCUUUAAUGUAUUUUCCACUGUACAAACACAGCCUUGUGAUAGCCUAGGGGCAUUGCAAUUUGUAUAAAUAAAUUAUGUAUGUGUUAUGAAA